AUGGAUGUUGAGUGGCAGAAUCGUUGCAAAGCUUACCGCUUUGUGGCCUAUUCGGCCGUUGCCUUUUCGGUGGUUGCCAUCCUUGGCGCUGCUACCACCCUUCCCAUGGUGUACAACUAUGUGCACCAUGUUCGCCGUACAAUGCAGAGCGAACUGAACUUUUGCAGAACUUCUGCCCGCGAAAUCUGGUCUGAAGUCAAUGGCAUGAAAUUACCUGCCAAUCGUACCGCACGUCAGGCAUACGGAGACGAUGGAGUUAGCGGAGGAGGUUCAACUUCAACAGGAGGUGGAGGAAGCACCGCUGGAGGAAGUACUGGUGGAGGAAGAACGGGUGGAGGAAGCACUGGCGGAGGAAGCACUGGCGGAGGAAGAACGGGUGGAGGAAGCAUUAGUGGAGGAAGUACUGGUGGAGGAAGCACUGGUGGAGGAAGCACUGGAGGAGGUAUUGCUGCACAAACUCCUGGUCGCAACAUCGGCGGAAAUGACUGCACGGCUUGCUGCACAGGCCAACCUGGACCGCAGGGACCACGCGGCAACGAUGGACCGCCUGGAGGCCCAGGAAAUCCAGGACGACCAGGAGAUAGAGGAGGACCAGCUACACCUGGAGAGCGUGGUAUCUGUCCCAAGUACUGCGCUCUCGACGGAGGCGUUUUCUUCGAGGACGGAACUCGUCGUUAG